AUGGGCUAUACCGACGUCGAUAAGCUCGCCAUCAACACCAUCCGGGUGCUCGCUGCCGAUGCGACCUUCAAUGCCAACUCCGGUCACCCCGGUGCCCCUAUGGGCAUGGCGCCGGUCGCCCACGUUCUCUUCAACCGCUUCAUGAAGUUCAACCCCAAGAACCCCAAGUGGGUGAACCGCGACCGCUUCGUUCUCUCUAACGGCCACGGUUGCAUGCUGCAAUAUGCUCUGCUCCACCUCUACGGAUAUGCCCUCAGCAUUGAUGACCUGAAGGCCUUCCGAAGCGUUGACAGCAUCACCCCCGGCCAUCCUGAGGCCCAUGACACCCCAGGCAUUGAGGUCACCACUGGCCCUCUUGGUCAGGGUAUCUCCAACGCCGUUGGUCUGGCCAUGGCUCAGGCCCACACCGCCGCCGAGUUCAACAAGGACGGCUUUGACCUCAUCAACAACUACACAUACACCUUCCUCGGUGAUGGUUGCUUGAUGGAGGGUGUCUCCAGCGAGGCCUCCUCUCUGGCUGGUCAUCUGCAGCUCGGCAACCUUAUCGCCAUCUACGAUGACAACCAUAUCUCUAUCGAUGGUGACACCAACCAGGCAUUCACUGAGGACGUCACCAAGAGGUACGAGUCGUACGGCUGGCACGUCGUUUCCGUCGGUGACGGUGACAACGACCUCGACGGCAUCGAGGCCGCCAUCAAGGCCUGCCAGGCGGUCAAGGACAAGCCUUCCAUCAUCAAGCUCAAGACUAUCAUUGGUUUCGGCUCUAAGCAGCAGGGCACCCACGGUGUCCACGGUUCUCCCCUCAAGGCUGACGAUAUCAAGCAGCUGAAGGAGAAGUGGGGCUUCAACCCCGAGGAGAGCUUCGCCGUUCCCCAGGAAGUCUACGACCUCUGCAACAAGGUCUCAGCUUCUGGUGCCGCCGCUGAGGAGGAGUGGAAUAAGCUGUUCGCCAGCUACGGCGAGAAGUACAAGUCUGAGCACGACGACCUCAUUCGCCGUCUCAAGGGUGACCUGCCCGAGGGCUGGGAGAAGAAUCUCCCCGUCUACACACCCAAGGACGCUGCCGUCGCUUCCCGAAAGCUGUCCGAGAUCGUCCUCACCAAGGUCCACAGCGCCAUCCCUGAGCUGUUCGGUGGUUCCGCCGAUCUGACUGGCUCCAACCUGACCAGGUGGAAGGAUGCCGUCGACUUCCAGCCCCCUGCCACCGGUCUCGGUGACUACAGCGGACGAUAUGUCCGAUACGGUGUCCGUGAGCACGGUAUGGGUGCCAUUCUCAACGGUCUUGCCGCUUACGGCACCAUCCUGCCGUACGGUGGUACUUUCCUGAACUUCGUCUCAUACGCUGCCGGCGCCGUCCGCCUGUCCGCUCUGUCCCAGGUCCGCGUGAUCUGGGUCGCCACCCACGACUCCAUCGGUCUGGGUGAGGACGGUCCUACUCACCAGCCUAUCGAGACUCUCGCUCACUUCCGCGCUCUGCCCAACUGCAUGGUGUGGAGACCUGCUGACGGCAACGAGACCAGCGCUGCUUACUACGUCGCCCUGACCUCCAAGCACACCCCCAGCAUCAUUGCUCUCUCCCGUCAGAACCUGCCUCAGCUCGAGAGCUCGACUAUCGAGAGGGCCGCCAAGGGUGCUUACGUCCUGCACGAGGUUGAGGGUGCCGACAUCACCCUGGUCUCCACCGGUUCCGAGGUCUGCAUUUGCAUUGACGCCGUCAAGGAGCUCGCCGAGAAGCACAACAUCAAGGCCCGUGUGGUCUCCGUCCCCUGCUUCGAGGUGUUCGACACUCAGUCCAAGGAGUACCGCCUCAGCGUCCUGCCCGACGGCAUCCCGUCUCUGUCCGUUGAGGUCAUGAGCACCAUGGGCUGGGAGAGAUACACACACGAGCAGUUCGGCAAGUAA